UGCAUUAUAUAUAAAUUGUCGGUGGUACUUAAAUGAAAAUCAUUUUUCUUCAAAAUAAAAGAACCAUUCAUGAUACCGAACGUGGCUUAACUCAAGUGGGUCGCUAAACUGGCUGACAACUGUCAUCCAGCUCCGGCCAUUCCUAUAUUAUAAAUCAACGAUAUUUCAUUUUCUUGGACAACUCUGAAGUCCUCAGACACGAACUUUCUCUAAGUUUUAUCUCCAGUUUCUCUUUAACUAACAUGUUAAAUAAACAAGGAUUCAUGGAGCUGGGGUGGAACAACGACGUUGAAUCACUUGCUGUGAAAGAUCAGGGUAUAUCAGAAAGAGCAAGAAGUGAUAAAGAACGUCUCAUCACCGGCUUUAAAUCGAGCUACGGCUACGUUGAUCAUGAUCAAACUGAUAUUCAGUUUCAAACUGUUCCAGAGAUUCAUAGAGAAGAAGAAAUCUCGGAGAAAGACUUGACGUUGGCUGUCCCUGAUGAACAUUCUGAAACUGGUGAUCAUCAUGAUCAUCAAACCUAUGACUUUUCAGAUAAUCAAAAUUAUUUGAGAAACAAGCAUGUGAAGCCAAAACGGUCUCGUAUCGAGAUCUUCAGUGAUGAUGAAUCGGAGGGGUUCACAAGAGAAGUUCCUACAGUGACAAGAAAAGGUUUCAAGGGAAGAAGAAACGAUAUGUUGAGUAACAAGAUGCGUAAGCUACAAAAACUGUUACCUAAUUGUCACAAGGAGGACACGGUUUCUGUUCUCGAUAAAGCCAUUGAGUAUAUGAAAGAUCUUCAACUUCAACUCCAGGUGAUGUCUAUAAUGGGGAUGAAUCCUUAUUUUGCUCAAGCGACAUUAAACUUUGGAAUGCACAACCACCUUGUGACGGCGAUGGCUAUAGCUCAGGGUAUAAAUCUGGUGAAUCAAACAACGUCGUCACCGUUAAUCCCGGCGUCGAAUUCGCUGUUGCCACCGUUUAGUAAUCUAUUAAUCCCACACACAUCUAACCAAUCUCUCUUUCCUACAACAGCAUUACCAGCUUCUUCUACUCAAUGUCUUUGCGGUUUGGUUCCUUUUCCCAAGUUUCCUUGAUUUUUCUUCCCAUACGAUGGGUGGAAGACUAUAAUCUGUAAGUUGCUACAGAAAAGUUUGUAUGAAAUGUUCUUGAUUAGGAAAAAACAGAAAAUCGAAAAUAAGACAUAUGCACAAUGUGAUUUAAUAUAUUUGGAUCUGGAAUUGACCAAUUUGUUUUAAUUACAGCGAUUCAUUGCACCAA